AUGAUUAUUAAGACAGUGUGUGAGAAAAGACAACCAAAGAAAAACACAAAAAAAAGACGAGACGAAGUAGAAGUAGAAGUAGAAGAAAUGAAAUCCCAACUUCUCUCACAGAACAACAUCACUUCUUCUAUCCAAUCCAUCAACACAGAAACCAAGCCAAAGCAGAACCUAAAGUUUGUCUUCAGCCCCUCAAACAACCAGCCUAGUCCCCAGGCACCCUCAACCAACAAGAUCAUCCUCGACUACCUACUCUACCUAUCCAUCCAGUCACGUCUCAAACAAGCCCACGUCGAGCUGCUCGAACUCUCGCUGCCCUUGCCAGACAAUGAUCUCCAGUCUCGCAAACAGCGCUGGAAGGAUACGGCCUCCAAGGCUGAGCAGGACAAGAACGCAGUCGAGUCAAUCGUAGCAGGAAUUCUGUCUAGCCACCAAAACAAAAAGCCAUCCUUCAAGAUCGAUGCAAACUUUGAACAGCGGCUCCAUCUCUGCCAGCUCACAAACCUUGUGUUUGGCCGCUUUGAUGCCACUUCCACCGCAGGAUGCCACGUGAUUGCACACAAUUCUGCACGUCGCAAAAGGCACGAGACACAAAUGGCAUCCAUGAUCGAGGACAAGGAGGACGAAACGUGCGACAUCAAGCGUCGCCAGCAGCUCUUUGCUCGUCCAGUCAUCCCAACAUUCUGUCGCCGGCACCGUCGCCAAGACUGCCCUGGAUGUCAAUCUCCAUUUUCAACCACCAAAGCUUCUUCAUCAACCAUAUCAUCAUCCUCAUCCUCAUCAUUAUUAUCAUUAUCAUCACCACCUAUAUCAGCAUCUGUUGAAGCACCACCACCACCACCAAAAACAACAACAACACAAGAAUCAGCAUCAGUAUCAGCAUCAGCAUCAGUAUCAGCAUCAGCAUCAGCAUCAGAACCUUUAUUCAACACAGAAACAACGCCAUCUGGAUCCACCAUAAUCCCUCCCCCCGGAUUAAUGGAGGCCAUCCCUUCGUUCCUCAAGACAAGUGCAGAUAUGCUUAGACACACGCUCGAAACAGGCGAAGAAGGUGAUCCGACCCCCCUCACAUUUGCUGGCCAAAAAGUGAUGGGCGGUGGAAUGCCCCCUCGUUGGUACGAUCUCUUUCUUGAAUUGCUGACCCAGGCCGCAAUCGAAAGCUACCUUUGCGAUGCCCAGGUCGGAUUGGAGCCAAUCUUUGAGAUCUUUUCUUAUGGCGAUGUGGAGGAUGAGGAGGAAGAGGAGGAUGAGGACGACGAGGAAGAGGAAGAGGAAGAGGAUGUCUGGGGUGUCAGGGCAGCCGAUCACCAUCUCCUAUUCCCCAAAACAAGGACCAUGUAUCUGUUCAAGACCCAAGUCCGUGAGAGAGAGAAAGAGUUCCUUAUCGUUCAGGCCGGUACUGAUCUGAGACAACAUUUUGAAAAGCUUGCUCAGCGUUAUCCUCUCGAGACAUUUGAAAAGAGUAUGGGAGAAUUUAUUCAAAUGACACUCAGCACUAUGGAAACACCUGCUCUGGAUAAAUGUGAAGAAGAAGAAGAGAUUCAGACACCAGAGAACGAGGCUCCGGCUGCUAACCGUCUUCCUUCUCUUUACAAGUAUCCUGGAGACGGGGCUCUUUUGAUGCCAGAGAUUCCUGAUGUUGAAGAGCACGAUAUUGAACCACGUGGAAUCAAGCGAUCCAAUACGACUACUGCUACAACUGAUAGCCAUGAUCCCAAACGAGUUCGAUAAGAAAAGAAAGCCACAAAUACAACAACAAAUCCUAUCUAUCUAUUAACUAACCAAAUUUUAAUUCUUUAUUUUUCCCAUCAUCCCCACACUCACUCAUAACCUCACAAAAAAUUCCCCUUAUCCCUUUUCCCUAUUAAACCUUGGCCCUUUUUUCUUCUUUCAAAUCCAAUCAAAAGAUUCUAUCCUGAUCUGCCCUGACCUUACCCCACACACACAUCUACAGACAAACACAUAUCGACCAACACCCUUUUCCUUGUCCUAUUCUAUUCUAUUUCUUUGUAUCUAAUGGGAAAACAACAAACUAAUAUAAAGUCACAAUUCCCUCUCUUUUAUAUUAUAUUUUCUUCACAUACAAAAAAGAAAGAAAAAAGAAAAAACUCGCUGUAGUUUUAAAAAUAAUAAUUAUUAUUAUUAUUAUUAUUAUUAUUAUUCACGUGCACAUAUCACAAACAUUUCAAAUAAAUACAAAAGAAAUCUUAC